AUGCGAUCAAAAAUUAUUAAAAAAAUUAUUAUUACUACCGGUGUUUUCUUUCUUAUCAAUAUCGUAUUAUUAUUAAGUAUUAAAGGUUUUCAUACAUCACCAAAUAAACAUGAACUGGAAUUACCAAUUAAUACACGAAUUAUUCGAAAAAUACGAUCAAGUAUUAUUCCACCAGUGUCCGUGUCUCUAUUAUCGAAAAUAGAUGUUUUAUUACCGAUUGUUGUUUUUGCUUGUAAUCGGCCACGUGCUCUUCAAAUUCAUAUUGAAGCUCUGCUUAAAAUUCGAAAAAAUACUGAACUAAAUCCAAUAAUAAUCAGCUUAGAUUGUCAAAAUAGUCCAACGAUUGAAGUUGCUAAAAAUUUCAGUGAUAAAAUUAAAACAAUUAUUAAAUUACCAGAUCUUGGUCCUCUUGAUGUUCCUCCAAACCAGCAUCAGUUAUCUGGAUAUUAUAGAAUAGCACGUCAUUAUGGUUAUGCACUUAAUCAUGUUCUUAAUGUACUUAAUUAUGAAGCUAUAAUUAUUACUGAAGAUGAUCUGGAAGUUUCACCUGAUUUUCUCGAUUAUUUUCAAGCACUUUAUCCAUUAAUGAAAUAUGAUAAAACUCUUUGGUGUAUAUCAGCAUGGAAUGACAAUGGUAUUGAUAAAAAAAUUGAUCGUCAAGCAAAUCUUCUUCAUCGUAGUGAUUUUUUUCCUGGUCUUGGUUGGUUGUUAACAAAGACAGUAUGGAAUGAAAUAAAAGAUCAAUGGCCGAAAACUUUUUGGGACGAUUGGAUGAGAAAACCAGAACAACGUCGUGAUCGUGCAUGCAUUCGACCGGAAGUUGCGCGCACAGGUAUAUCACCGGAAGGUAAAAAAGGUGUUAGUGGAGGUCAAUUUUAUGAUCAUUAUUUGAAAAAAAUAAUUAAAAAUACUGAUCCUAUUGACUGGAAAACUAUUGAUAUUAGUUAUCUUAUCAAAGUAAAUUAA